AUGACACUUUUUGCUCUUUUUGCCCGAAUUCAGAUUGGCUCUAAAGUUACAGCACAAUUACUUUAUCGUCAUGCAAUUUUUUGUGCUUCUCACAAGACUUUGGUAAUUGUUCUAGCCAUCUCUGUAUUUCUAUCCUUAUGUUACCCCGCCUUCGACACUUAUUACUUAAAUUCUGCGAGAGAUGUUAGUUCAUCCAUGUCACAAGUAUCAGGGGAAACCUUUGUUGAAAAAUAUGGGACACAACCUUUAUUUCGCGUAGAGCAGGUUAUCAUAAAGAUAGCUAAUUCGAAAAAACACAAUAAAGGAGGCAAUGUCGGCGUUUUAGAUAAAGAUAUAUUAUUAUGGACUUCAAGUUUGCAAGGAAGAGUAAUGGAUACUGUUAUAACGUAUUCUAAUCAGCCCUCUUCACUUGUUACCAAAAAAUAUUCCCUUUCAGAUUUAUGUCUUAAACCUUUUGAUAAUAAUGCAUGCUUAAUCCAUUCACCGCUUGCUUAUUGGUCUAAUAACGCAGACCAUCUUUCUUCUGACAUUUCAAUUCCUAAAACACUUUCACGAAUAAAUAAAACUUCCUCUCUUGGAAUCUCUAUUCCUUUAAGUUCUGUCUUUGGAAAUAUUGUAUAUGAGAAAGGAAAAAUUAUUAGUGCUGACUCAAUAAUUUUAACCUAUUUUUUGAAAGAUAUGGAGAAUGACAAUGAAGGUCAGACGACGGCCAUUUGGGAAGCGAUUUGGCAACAAAUUAUGAGUGAUACAGACGCCACUUUUCGACUUAAUGAUGAUCGCACUGUGAGAGUAAAUAUGAGCAGUCAAGGAGAAUUAAAACAUAUGUCUUUUAAUCCCGACUGGAAUGGUUCUUCAGCCAGACAAGGUUUUCUUGUGUUGGCGUACUUAAUCUUUCCUAUCGUCUCUACGGCUCGUCUUAAUUCCGUCAGUUCUAAAUUUGGUCUUGUUUUCUCGACUGUGGCUCAUGUGUUUGCUUCGUUAAUUAUGUCUCUUAGUAUCUGCUCUCUAUUUGGCGUCACAUUAACAUUUGACUCUAUAUCCUGGAAAUUAUUGCCUUUUGUAUUUAUCCUGAUUGGUGUCGAUAAUAUGAUUACUUUAACCAAUGCUGUAACCAUGAUCCCUAAACAGCUUAAUGUAAGAGAACGCGUCGCCAAAGGACUUGAAAAAGUUGGAUAUCCUAUUACAAAAAUGUUAAUAAGUUGGCUCUUAUUGUUGAUGAUAUUUUCUGCGAUGAAUAUUGAUUCAAUUCGAGAAUUCUGCAUUUUCACUUCGAUUGCCAUGAUUAUCGAUUUUAUGCUACAAAUGUCGUUUUUCAUAGCAGUUUUAUCCAUUGAUCUUGAAAGAUUGGAACUAGAGAUAUGUACUUAUCGUGUUGGCAAUUCGGAUGUUAAUACGGAUAGAGAUACUAUGUCUCUUUCCAAAAUAGCAAAUUAUGGUCGUAGAAUUGGUUUUUCAUUGAUGGUUCUUAUUUUUUUAGUAGCUGUGACAAAUUUUUAUCACACUACUAUUGAAUUCACCAAUAUUGAUUUUACCAACAUUGAAUGGUCAUCUUUUAAAUCUGCAUUGAACAGUUGGAUUGAUAAUUCUGUGAUUUUUCCUGGUACGCGCACAAACAUUACUUACUGGGAAACAUCAAUGGGUGAAACUACUGACGAAUUUUGGAGCAUUGUUAAUAUGGAUAAAAAAGAUCAAUUUAUCGAGGUUCUACCUGCUAGACGCUUAACUUUGUCUUUUGACAUUGAACAAGAUUAUAUAUCUCGUCCACUUGAUGGUGAUGGAAAGUGGAGAUUAAAAAUAAGAGCAUAUAUAAAAACUUUUGUUUGGUUUCUCAAAUUCAUCAUAUUUCCUAUUAUAAGUGCAGCAUUUACUGUGUCUGUUCUGAUGGGUUUCUCAUUAUCAGAAAAAACAAAUAAUAAUGAAAAAAAUAGAAAGAUAGCCACAUCUUCACCUUCUGAAAGUUCUGAUUUGUAUGUUACCGCCCCCCAAGUUAUAACUUUGCGUGGUCGUCAUUUAGCAGACGUGGAUUUACUUUGUGCAAACCUUAAUGGCGUUAUAAUUACAAGUGCUACCGACAAACAUAUUACGUCGUGGAAUGGAUCGAAAGGUACACCAUUAAAAAAACUUGAAAGAUAUAUGCGUCGAUGUGCAACUUGUAAAUGUGAUAGUAGUGGGGGGGAGAAAAACUGUAUUUCUUGGCCGGUUAGGGCAAUGUGUAUGAGUGAAAAAAUCGAACUUGCCGCAGCUGGUUUUGAAGAUGGAGUAGUGCGAGUAUGGGACAUAAAUUCAGGACAAGUUACUUAUAUCUUGAAAGAUACCGUUGAAGAUGUUGAACAAAUAAUGUCAGCAAUUAAUAAUGAAAAGUCAGUAAAUGAACGAGUUACGUGUUUACAAAUUGUAGCAUCGACUUCAAACUCUUAUUGUAACACAUCUGAACCAUUAUCUGAUCAAAAACCAUUCGCUAUGCUUUUGGCAACUUACCGAAAUGGAUAUUUUCGUGAAUGGGAUCUUACUUCUGGUCAAAUUUCCAAUACAGUUUUCACAAAUCAAAAGAGUGGUAUUACUUAUCUUUUUGUAAUUGAUGAUAAAGAUGAAAUUCGUAUUUUUACUGGAGCACGAGACGGAUCUGUCAAAUGCUGGGUUCGUAAAGUUUAUUUAAACAAUGAACCUAAUAAUGGAUCACGUGAGGACAUGUGGAAAUUGCUCUACACGUUGCCAGGGGAAUUUGGAAAUGCAAUUACUAGUGUAAGUGCUAAAGCUAUCAAAAUCAGAAAGGGUUGUUUUGGUGUUGUGGUUACUGGAGCUGCAGAUGGAGAGGUUAGAGCAUAUGAUUACACUACAGGUCAAUAUAUAGAAACAUUAAGCUACGGAACGUUAAAAAAACAGAAACUUGCAAAAGAACGUAAAGAGCAAUUAUUUUUUCAACAAAAACAGAAAAAAGUUUCAAAAGAAGAUUGGCUUGAAGAAUACGAUGAUGAGCUUGAAUCUUGGGAUGAAACUGGAGAUUUUAUUUCACACAAGGAUGCAAUUAUAAGUAUUAUAAUUCAUCCACUUCAAGAAGAAAGUUGUCCUUGUGGAGAUAUUGAAGAAACUAGAGGUUUUUCGAUAAUAACAUCAUCAUUAGAUGAAAAAGUAAAUUUUUGGCAAUUAACUAGAAAUUCAGUGGAUUGUACAUGCGUGAUACCUCAACUAGAAGAAACUACUUUUAAAAUUUGCAAUAAUGUUGAUGUCCCAGAACGACUUCAAAAAGUUUUUCUUGGCCAUGUGAAGCAACCUGGCGGUUCGGUAAUCGUACUUCUUAAAGGUCAUAUAAUUGGAGUUCGCCGUGCCGAAAAUCAUGAUGUAUCCAUUAAAAGGAGUCAUGGUGCUGAAGGUGAAUGGGAAGUCUGGACUUUGGAUAUUAACGACCCUCACGUGUUCGAACCAACUGAAGAGGUUGAUAAUUUAGAAGAUCAUGAUUAUGUUGAAUUUAAAGUUAAAACUACUUCAUUGGUCAACGAAGGUGAUUUGAUAAUGGAACAAAAAAAGAAGAGAGAUACGUUUAAUCAAGAUCGUGAAAAUGUAGAUAAAUUAAAAGGAUUUGUUAGAAGACGUAAAACUGUUUCUCAUCUUCAUGACCAUAAUGAAAAUCAUUCUCAUGUUCACAGUGAAGAGGAGAAUGUACAAGGUCAGGUUAUGGAUUUUAGGCAACGAAGUCAGAAACAACGUGUUUAUCCAGAUAACAGUUACAAUAGCCGAACAACAAUGUCAUUUAAUGAUGAAAUGAAUGAAAUGCUACCAUUUGCUUAUAUACGACAAGUUGUCAAUGUGGGUGAAAAUGGAAUAGCUGUCACGUAUGGCAAUUUUGUAAAAGUUGUAUUAUUUAAAGAACUAGAAUCAUAA